GUGCUUAAAAAUAGCUUUAUAUUUUUUGAUAAAUAAUAAUUAAUCAUAAAAAACUAAUAAUAUUUUCAAUAUAUGUAUUACUCAUCUAGUAAUCCUUACAUAGCAGGAAAUUAAUCACUGCAGUUUAACUAAGGGAGAGAGAGCGCAUACUUAUCCAAAAUAGGAGAAAAUAUUAUUUAUAAUUAAGAUUAUGCUUAGGCAAUAAAUAAAAAUGCAAAAAAUAAAUAUGAAUAUGGAGAAAUAUUGAGAUUAUAAAUGCAAGAAAAAUAGGACUAAAAAAGUCUUUAAAGAGAGCAAUAAUAUACAAAUUUUAAUAGAUCUUAAGUAUAAAAUCCAUAAUAAUUAUCAGACCUGUAAUAAAAUAGGAAUUUUUAAAUGAAAUCAGACAUUUUUAAUUAGGGUAAUCAAAAUAGCUAUUAAUAUACUAAUAAUUAAUUUGAAACUCCCUAGUAGCAACCUAAUUAUAGAUUAUAAUAGCAAAAUUUUCCUAAUAAUCAAGAUUAUCUAGCAAAAAGAGAAGAGUAUUUAAAAAAGAGUGAAGUCUAUUGGAGCUAGCCUAAAAAUUAUAGAGGAAGCUUACUUAAAGAAUACUACAAUGACAAUUUUUAUGAAGAGAAGGAAAGAAAGUAAAAAGCAUUUGCUUAAGGAUUGGCAGAUUAAAUAAAUGAAAAAAAAAUAUAAUAAAAAUAACAAGACAGGCCAAAGCAAAUUGAUUACUUACCAGAAAGCGAGGUCCUUGAAAAGAAUAGAUCAAAUAUUUUAGAUUCUAUUAUGAAAAUCUAAUCUAAAGCAAAUUAAAAUGGUCCUUAAAAUUUUUAAUUUUAGCUUGAGCCUACAAAUUCAUAUAAUAAAAAUCAUAUUUUAUACUAUGAACUGAACAAAUCUGAAAAUGCUUAUCGUUGGUAACCUGGCGGAGAGUGGUAAAGAGGUAAAGCUGAUUUUGAUGUGUUAAAAGGUCUGUACAAAAAGUAGGGAGAAGUAUUUGAGAAGUAAAAGGAAGAACUGAGAGUGAUUGCUGAAAAUGCCUAAAAAUAAAGGGAUAAAUCUUAUGUUGAAAUGGUUAUCAUGAGAGACAAGAUUUCUAAUAAUGAUAAAGCUCGUGCUUUAAAUGUUAAAAACGAAUAUUUUGAUUCUACAACUAGAAAUGAAAAAGAUAACGAAUAUAAUCCCCAUAACUACUUCUAAAAUAAACAAGGUCUUAACUUAUCUCUAGAAGUCCCUCGUGAAAAAUAUGAUAACAUCUAUUUUAAGCAUAAUUACGAACUCCCAAGUUAAAGUGCAAUGCUUGAUCCUAACUAUAUAUAAAACAAAUUUGAUAAAAAAUUAAAGUAAAAGAGCUAUAAUUAACAAGGAAACUAGUUUGAAGAAGAAGAUGAAAAUUUAGAAAAAAUGCUAGAUAAUUUCUAUUAAGAAGAAGUUGGAUUAUAUGAAGGAGAUAAUUAAAAUUUAGUUACAAAUGCCAGAGUAAGAAGUAAUUCAACAGGUGCUAAAAUAGAUCUUAGUAAGAUUAAAUACAAAAAUAACUAAAACCAGCUAAAUUAAUCUUAAUUCACUGAAUAUAAUCUUUUACAUUAGCUAGAAGAAGGUGAGGAAAAGAGUAACAACUCUAAUUAACAGUAAAACUAAGAAAAAAAUAGUUAAACUGAUAUUUAAAAGACAAACUAAAAUGGCACUAAAAAAAGUGAUACUAAAAUUUAAUAAGAUAAUGAAUUUAAUGAUGCAAAUGUUUCUUAGGGUGCAGGCUUAAAUAGUAAAAAUGAGGAAAUUAAUAAUUUAGAUCUUAGUAAAAUAGAGAGCUAAAAAAGUAUAAAAAUAUCAAAUUAAAACAACAAAUCUUAGAAUUAGUUAAAAGAUUUCGAGAAAUAGGAAGAAGAAUCCUUAAAAAUUGAACCUAUUAAAAGACCAUUUAGUUCCUUCAAUAAAAGAAGUGAAGUUAAAAUAUAAAAUAUAAAAAACAGAAGUGAUUUUAUCCCUUAUAGAAAGAUUAAAGAAAAGUCUCUUUAUCAAAAGCAAAAGGAGUAAAUUGAAAACUAAAAUAUCGAUUAUAAAAAGCUAUAUUCAAUUCAAGAAAAAAACAAUCUUGAAGAGAUACAAGAUAAUUUACUUGAUAAGUCAGCUGAAAAAGAUUAGUAGCUGGAUAAUAUUUUAGAAGAAAUUGGAGGAAUGAUUAAAGAAAUCCAUACAAAUGAUUAGUAGCAACAUAUCCCUAACGAUAAUUUUAGGUAAUAAAUGUAAUAUGAUAAAUCCAAUUAAAUCAAAAAGCUUCAAGUAGUGAAUAACUAUAAUAAUGGAUAUGAUAAUCCUUAUGUUAAUGAUAUAUAUAAAUAAUAAAAUUAAUCAAAUAAAAUUAUUAUAGAUAACACUCCAGAAAAUAAAUUAUUUUUACAAAGCUCCAAUCAUAUAGAUUAUCUGAUUGGAUAAUUAGUCUAAGAUAGGAAAAUUUAUUGA